UGGCGACGCUUCUGCAAGAACGUCGCUCUGAUGCCAGCUAUUGCGUUUGGCGGCAGCCGAACGCUCGUCAGAGUAUUGGCUCAAGCUUGGCUCAGGGUCAUCUGGCUGCAAAGCGUGUGGCGGGAGAUGGGCUUGGAGAGGCUGAGCUUGGUGUGCGGCCACUGUGGCAGCGACCGGACGCCUGGCGCUCCCUGGUUUGCCUGCGCGCAGUGCCACGCCGUCGGUUACUGCAGCCGCGCCCACCAGCGGGCUGCCCUGCCCUGCCAUCGUGGCGCCUGUGGGCUGCCCGCGGCGGCCCCCGCGAGGGCGUUGCACGCCGGGGAGCUCGAGGUGUCCUCGAAGGACCCCAUGUCGCCGCAACGGCUUGUCGGGCUUGCGGAGGCCCGCCUCCCGCCCGCGCCGGCCAGGCCUGCGCGGAGCGUCGAGGCGUUGCUGGGCGCGGCGCAGGAGGUUCAGGACCUGGUUUUGGGCGGGCUGCGCCCCGCCAGUGGCGAUCUGCACUGCUGCCGCGCCGCCUGCCGGGCGCUGGCACGCGCAGUGGUGGCUCACGCGGCUUACGAGCUCUCGGCUCCGUGGUGGUUGCUUGACGGUGAGCAGACUGGGUUGCUGGCAGGCUCCUUGGCACUUUGCCCCCCGCAGUCGCUGCUGCACACCGCCUGCGUGUGCCGCGCCUGGCGGCGCGCGUCGCAGGACCGUGCCGCCUGGCGGCGGGUGCAGCUCACUUACGGCUGGGGUCUGGACGCGGAGAUGCGGUGCGUCCUGCGCGCCAUGCGGCGUUUGGCAACCAGGCACGGCUUGGAGUCGAUGCCAGAAGCGCCACAUCCAGUGGCCCCAGGCUCACUGGUGGCAAGGGAGACCCGCUCGGCGCCCUGCAGCCCGCUGUGCUCCCAGAGCUUCGACCCUCAACCCCGGGCCGGCGCGCCCCUCGGGGGCUCAUCGUCUCCUUCGGGCAUACCGCCGUCGUCUCGCGCCCUCUCUGUCGCGGGCUGCUCGCCGCUGGUGCUGCGCAGGCACAGGAUUGGCGCCUGCUCUGGCGCCAGCGCAAAGACGUGCGAGCCUCCGCUGGCCGAGCUUUGGCUGCUGCAGCCCGACGGCGAUCAGCGCGGCGCAGACUCGGUGAGGGCGAGCCUGUGCCGGCUGCUGAUUUGGCAGCGGCCCCACCUGCUGAAGGGCGCGGCCGUGCUCGAGGUUGACGCCAGCGUUGGCCUCGUGGGGCUAGCGGCGGCGCGCUUCGGCGCGCCCCGCUCGGUGACCGUAGGCGCGGCGGGAGACCUGGAGGGCCGCCUGCUGCGCCUGAAUGGGACCCUGUUCGGAGACGGCGCGGCGGGGCGGCCCAUGUGCCCCAGCCGGCCGCGGCACCCCGUGAUGUGGUCGGGUUCCAUGCGGCGCCCCGCCCUGCGCGUGCCGGGCCGCGCGGGGCCCGUGCCCGUCUACGUCUACGCACCGCUGCCCGUCUCGGCCGAGGGCGCGGAGGACCUGGCGCGGCGGUGGCAGUGGGACUCGGGCACCGGCAUGCGCUGCGCGCGCCCCGAGCUCGCCGCGCCCCGCUUCGACCUCGUGGUGCACGCGGGCCUCGGCGCGACGGAGGCGCCCGGCACCGCUGCCCGCGGCGUCGCGCGCGGGCUACUGGACCUCGCCGCCGCGCUGCUGGCGGACGGCGGGGUGCUGCUCGCGGCCGCGGCGGGCGCCGCGCCCGCGGCGCUCGCGGCGCUCGCGGCGGAGGCGCCCGGCGCCUGCUUCAGCGUCGUGUGGGAGGAGGCGUUGUGCGGCGGCGCCGUCGUGGCGCUCCAGAGGGGGAGGCGGCCGCUGCGGCACUGAGGGCUCGCCACUCGCGGCCGGCACUCGCGGUCGUCUCCUUCUCGUUUUCCUCGCGCGCGGCCUCGGCGGCCGUCGCGCGAAGAAGCAGCAGCAGGAGACGAGACGGCCUAAGCACCGUUCAAUUCUCGGAGGUUCGCAUGCAUUCUGGGGUCGGCGCUGGGCCCCCCAGGGAGCGCUCCGCGCGCCAGGGAUGGGUGCCCAGAGCCGAUCCAAGAGAUCCGCACAGACAUGUGACAGUUUUUAUGUUUAUGCCGCUUUGUGCUCCAGGGUAGGCCAGGAGGUGCCCGGCUUCCUCCCCCCCGCGCCCUUCCCACCCGCGCACCAUGUCUGUGGCCUGCCCCUCCGGUCCCCCUGCUUGCCGCAGCCCCCGCCGCUCUUGGCCCAACUCCAGGGUGGCGCCCUGCUCGAUCUUCUCGGCGCCGUGGGUCCCGCUCUGGGCUCCCCGCCACUGUCGAUCGUGAUGACUUUUUUCUUCGCCGACCUGUCGGCGUUCCACCCCUGGUGUCCAGCCUCCAGUGCGUACAUAGUCGGGCCCAGCGGAUCGCCCGUGCGCCGCCUCUCGGCGAUCGGAGA